AUGACGUCAUUUGGUAUCCAGCAUUUCAUUCAAAAUGUUACAUUUCUUAGAUCAUUGGAGAAAUUGGCAAUAGAGGAAAAACUGGGAUCCAAGACAGGGAUUACAAUACUUAAUGUUAAAGGAAGUAACAAGAACUUAAGAAACAAGGAUAAUGAUUCAAACACAGAUUAUAGAAAUCAAAAUAUUAGUAUUCGCGAAGUUGGAACUGAGUCCUUAGUGAGUAUAUCAGGAGUAGGACAAAAUCGGGACCAGGAGAAAAAUCAAGAAGGUCGUGAACGAGAUCAGGAGAGAGGACAAAGACGAGAGAGAGAAGAAGGACGAGAACACGGAUCAGUGUCAAGUAUCCCGACCUACCCUGAGCCAGGUUCAAGUUACAUUUCUCUAACUCAGGGAAUCCCAGGAACUACUCCGUACUCUGGGGCUCCAGCAACCACCAACUACAGGGAGAGUACUGGAGUCCGCCCCGAGAGAAUAUCCAGGACGGAUCCUGCUCCGACUAGAACGGAGUUAGGCUCCGGAGUGCGAGUUGAGCUCACUUCCGUGAUCAAGCAUGACAGAGAUAUCUCCAGUUACCAGGAUACAGGAUACCAGGACAGACAAGUGAAUAGAGCCAAGUUUACUGAAAGCAGAUCUACUGGUCGUCUUCCAACACACAGAUCUUUAACUAGGCUCAAUAUACAGAAUUCAGCUAAUAGGUUAGAGAACAGGAUAAUUCAUAAAUCCAUGACAAGGUUAGAUAACAGAUAUUUAUCUAACCAAGGGGUUUCUACCUACACUAACACGCAUAAAGGUCAUUAUACCCAAGUAAAUGUACCCGGUGCUGUCUCGCCAACGAAGAGUAUGUCCAGCGGAAGUGUAACAGGACUAGAGAGAGAUAUGGCGGGAAGAGAGAUAUUAACCGUUAAUAUAAACCAGAUAACAACAGAUUUAGCCCGUCAAUCCCACCAGCUGUCCUCAGUAUUCUCUCGUCCUCUCCCAACCGACUACCCUAAACAACCUCCAGACUAUGCAAAACUAGCCUCGGACUACUCCAAGUUACCCCCGGACUACACCCAGGUGACGAGUGACUACUCUAAGCUGCCGCCUGACUAUGCCCGGAUAACGAACGACUACUUGAGGGAUUCAUCUCACCCGCCUGUUCCUAUAAAUACUGGUUCUCAGAAUUAUUCUAUUGCACCCUACUCCCUGCCACCAAAUAAACGACAUACACACAGCUCGGGACCCAUCUACCAACCAUCUAGAAUCUAUAGUUCUGGUCCUCUACCGACCCCACAGCCUCCCAGCUUGGGUUCCCAGGCCCCCGGCCUCACUGGGUCGGCCUCUCAGCCUAUAGCCGUCCUUUUCCAACACACUGCCCAGCCUGCGACGAAGAUCCCAUCAAGUGACCUCAACCCAAGAUAUGCAGAUAAGAUAAAAUCGUACAUGGAGAGUGUAAGCGUUAAAAUCCCUCUACCAGUAAAGUGCACUAUAGAAGAACGGAAAGGGAAGAAGCAUGCUAAGCUUCACUUUGCUUGUCAGGGCAGGGGGGAACACUGCCUUUACAAGGUGACGUUCUAUACGAUGAAGUCCAGGCACCCCCGGGCCUGGAUACACUUGAUGUUCCUGGCUCUUCAGGCCAGGUCACAGAACGCACUCUCCACCAGGGAUACAGGAGUCUCAAGUUUAAAGAACUGCUGGGAAAUAAUAAAAUGUGAAGAAAUAUCGUUUUCAACUCUGGUAACUGGGGCUUUUCCACCAGCCAAAGACCAGGACUCAAUCAUACAUGAGCUCAGAGCACACAGAUUUUUCGAUGUGUUUGAGUACAAUGGACCUCUACUGCAGUGGGGAUGCUUCCUCUGUAAUCAUCCUGAGAGAGCAACAACAUUUUUAACAGAAGAGGUCCCUGUAAUAGAAGGACAGCUGAAGGAGAAGAGUGGAGGAAAAUGGAGAAUAUUCAGAAAAUGGAAAUCCAGAUAUUUUACUCUCUCUGGCGCUCGAUUAGUCUAUAAAGAAAAUAAAGGAGAACUCGGAAUAACUCAAGCUCUAGAUGUUGGAUCUAUUCGUAGUGUUAAGGUUUCCAAAGGAGGAAGAAAUAUUCCAAAAGCAUUUGAAAUAUUUACCGCUGACAAGACGUUUGUGCUGAAAGCUAAGGAUUCCUCUAAUGCUCAAGAAUGGGUUCAAUGCCUCACAGUUGCCGUAGCUCACUCCCAGGCAAAAGAUACGACGCUUCGGCGGUUAGCCUAUGGAGGCUCUCUAGGUCGGUUAACUCACGGUGCGGGUCGGGUGCAUCCUGGUCCUUAUAAUCAUAUAACUUUGAGAACAAAUGUUUGAUCAAAUCAGUUGAAGAAGAUAGUUAGACUCAAGUUGUGUGUCUGAAUAGUCCAUUGACCAUGAGACACAUCAAUUGUGUAUUGUAAACAGACCCGUUAAACUUUGAGCUGAUUUUCAUGCACUGGUAAAACGAUUUGCUUUAUAGCACUUUAGAUUAUUUCGUCUUCCUAUUUCCAAGUUUUAUGAUUCCGACUGUACCAAGGGGCUUUUCUAGUGUGUUUAUUUACGAUCGAUUUGUAUGUUUCCAAACGUAAAUUCUGUCUAUGGAUUUGAAAACUGGUAUGGAAAACCACUCUCUAUUUUCAUUUUUAUAGAUUUUCCUUUUUGGGAUAUUUAUAGUGACUUUUCUGUAUUAAGUUUUCUUUUUUAAAUUUGCAUGUAUACUUGUAUGUAUAGCUACAUAAUAACGUGUGCUUAUUUCUAUUAUUAUUAUUGUUAAGAAUAAUGUAAGAGAA